AUCUUCUUUUGCAGUCGAUUAGUAGUAUGAAUUAGAUGGUGCUUCUCUUUCAAUUGAGUCUGGAUUCAAGAAGCGAUUGACUGGUGAGGAUGCUUUGACGCAGGCAUUGGCCACCAUGACUAACUUAUAGCAGUGACUAUGUUACUGGAGAAAUACUCAACAUCUUGAUCAAGCUGUGACAAGUAAUCCUUCAGAGAUGAUAGUCAUUUGUGCAUAAUCUGAAAGGAGUUCCUUUCUUUCACCAAUAGUGGUAUGCGGGGAAGCCUCACACAACUGUUAUCAGUUCAGACUCUAAAGCGAGGAUCCUGCUUAGAAGGUCAAAAUCUAGAGGCGUGGACAGGUCACAACACUUCCAAAGAGAUUUCAAUCUUCAUGCUGAGGUUUAGCUUACUCAGUUUGGGUGCUUACCUUCUAAACAACACAUUUUGAAAGUCUUCACCCACUGGUUCCAGCUUAAUCCUUUUUUUACAAGAUAAGCAAUACAAGUUUGGGUUUCAGCAAAGAAGGAAACCAUAACAGACAAAUCAUGUUAUUGGGAUCGAGGUG